UCAGAUCAUUCCUGAACAGCACGGUUUUGUUAAGGGUCGCUCAAUAGAAACAAAUUUGGUAUCUUUCGUUGAGUAUUUGCAGGAGAACCUUGAUUGUGGAAUUCAGGUGGACUGCAUAUAUACUGAUUUCAGCAAAGCCUUUGAUAGGAUAACUACUCAAAAAUUGUUUUCCAGACCGCUGGCGGUUGGGGUUUGCGGCUCGCUUCUUCGAUGGUUUGAAUCAUAUUUACUUAAUCGGUCACAGUACGUUUAACAUGUGUUGAACAUUUGCGACAGUGGACAACUGGAAAGAGGAAGUGCCUAAAGUUUGGUGUACCAAUGGUUUGUAGAGAACCGCGAAACCAUCAUGACGACUGCUAUUUUUGUCUCGUUAAUAUUAAAGGCAUAAAUAGAAACAAUAGACACAAAUGGACAUAUCCUGAUCUAGAUUCUGCAAGAAGGCCUGUAGUGCAUUCGGAAGAAAUACCCGUUCCAUCAUUUAGCAGUCUACCCGAACUGACAGAAGAUGAUACAGAAACAUCAACGUCUGACGAAGUUAAAAGAAUUCAAUCAGAAAACGACAGCGAUUUUGAAGCAGAUUUAGCAACUCCGCAGUGUUUCAAUCAAGAAGAACUAAACGAUCUUAUAAGAGACCUGAAUCUCUCAAAGGAAUCCGCUGAAUUACUUGCAUCCAGAUUAAAAGAAAAAAAUCUACUUUGUCGAGGUUUUUAUGUGAUUAGUGACUUAUGUAAUUAUGUAAAUUAAGUUUUUGCA